AUGAUGGCAACGAAUCCCAAUUCCAAGACACUCGUCUUGUCGUCCUUCGUUGUGCUUCUUCUUCUUGUAAACACAGCUUCGGCAGUUCUGGAAAUCCCAACGGACAAGUUUGAUCAUUCCGCAAGUUUGACCGGAGUCGACGAUUGCGCCUUGCUGAGUCUCGUGGUGGACGAAUCUGGCAGCAUGAUGUUCGAACAAGACUUUUUGGCCAAUCAAGUCAUGCCCAUGCUUGUCUCGGACUAUCGAGUCAAGAAUUACGAUCGGAUCUUUGUCUGUUCUCAUGGAUUUGGAGCAGCACAAAACAAAGAGACUGGUUUUGCCUUUCAUGGAUGUGUGGAUGCCAUGACAUGGAGUGUUCCAGCAACUACGGAUGAGCUGGCUGAAGUCAUGGGCUCUUGGAGAGUCCUUGGUGGAGUGGAAGAUCCUUAUCUUGGUAUUCUCAUGGGGAUUGAAAACACUCCUGCCACCAUUAGCGGACACGAACUCACUACUACUUGUGGAACAAUGUUCAAGAAUAUGAUUUUGUUGACAGAUGAGGAUCGUGAUGUAUUCAACGCCAAUACCAUCACAAAGGCGGAUAUCUCCACAGAGCUCGCAAAUACUGGGUACGUGUUCAAUGGCAUUGUCAAUCUUGACAUUUCCUCUCCUCCAGAUCAAGAAAAUUUCGAGGCCUUGGGAUUCUUUCCCAGUGACGAUACACCUGGCAAAUUCGAGUUCUUUGUUCCAGAGGGUUCCAAUCUUGGUACCUACAGUACUAUCUACAAGGAUGAAUACCUAAAAUAUCUGGAUGAAGGUCUCGAGGCUGGUAACUCGAUUGAAGAUUAUGUCUCCCUCGCCAUGGAUACAAAAGGUGCGAUCUACGAUCUCGGCAUGUUGCGUCUGGAGGCAUCGGAAGCGGAUUACUCCACUGUCUUUGUCAAUUCGCUUUCCGAUACUCAAGUGCGGGAAAUUGAAAAUGCGGAAUCCUCUGGUAACCUUCAAACCGUUACCAAUUUUGGUGACGGUGGUGACAAGGAAACCUCGGAAACGGAAACAGAAACCUCUGAAACGGAAACCUCGAAAUCGGAAACGGAAACCUCGGAAACGGAAACCUCGGAAACGGAAACCUCUGACACUGCAUCCAACCCAUCUGUCUUGGGAGAUCCUCACUUCAAGACUUGGCAAAACGAACACUACGAAUUCCACGGACAGUGCGACAUGGUCCUGGUCAAGGAUCCAAAUUUUGCCAAGGGUCUAGGAUUGGACAUUCACAUUCGUGCCAAGUUGGUCCGUUACUGGUCCUACAUUCAAUCCGUGGCCAUUCGGAUUGGAACUGACAUUCUCGAACUACAAGGAUCCGCCGAUCCAGAAGAUUAUUCCUUCCAUUAUUGGAUCAAUUAUGAAUAUCAAGCCGAAAUUGAUACCCUCGGAGGAUUCCCAGUCAAAGGUCACUCCAAAAAGGUCCAUUCCCACAAGAAUAGCUUUGAGAUUGACUUGAGUUCGGCCUUUGGCAAUGAUAAAGGACCCAAGAUUAUCGUUUCCAGUUUCAAGGAAUUCCUCAAGGUCGAAUUUGAAAAUGCUUCCGAAGAAGCCUUUGGCAACACGGCUGGAUUGUUGGGUCAUUUCAAGACUGGAGCCACUUUGGCACGGGAUGGUUCCACAGUGUUGAAUGACUUUACUGAUCUUGGACAAGAGUGGCAAGUCAUUCCUUCGGAUGGACACAUCUUUCACGAAUCCUCCACUCCUCAAUUCCCAGAACUGUGCAUUGAGCCGGAGGAUCCUCGUGGGGAUCGUGCUCGUCGUUUGGCCGAGUCGUCCAUUACGGAGGCCGAAGCGGAAGCGGUUUGUUCGAAACUCAAGGAUCCCCUUGACCAAAAGGACUGUGUUUACGAUAUCUUGGCGACUCAAGAUAUGGACAUGGUGGGUGCCUUUUAG